UUAUAUAACUGUUGUUUUUUAGUUUUUGUAAAAAAAUUGAUGUUGUUUUCUUGAUAACUUGCAAUUGCUCGUUAAGCUUAAUUUUUGAUGCCAACGACCUGAAAUGCACUUUUAAAAUGCUGCGAAAAUGAAUGAUUAAUUUUCGAUGCGCCGUUCUUCGUAAAAUUGCUGUCCUCUACGUUUAUUUUUGUUAGUCACUGCGUUUGUUUACUAACAACGCGAAAACAAAAACAAAAACAAAAACAAACUCAAGUAGCAACAUCAACAACAAGUGACCUCAACGCGCUAUCGCAUAAGCAUAACAAGGGGCAUAGUAACCUUGGGCCCCAUUUUUUAGCGACGGUUACGCCUUUGGCGGGAACUAGUUUUGGUUUCAAGAGAGGAAAAAAGCAAAAUCUCAUAAAGCAACAACACGUGUUGCGCUCACAGAUCAAGCUGUUGUGGAAAGCGUAUCGCCAAGAGCGUGUCUUCAAGCCAAUUAUGUGCCAAAACUCAAAUGUAAUUACUCGCUGAGCCCAACCGGUUUUAAAUUUGGCGCUCAAAAAAUACGGUCCACCAAAAUACCAAUUAGCAAAUGGAAUUUCAAACAUGUGGCAUCUCUGUAAAAUGCCCGAUAUGGCCACACUUGAAAAACGCAGCAGCAGCAACAACAACAACAAAGUUGAGAAUUUAACAAUAAUUGAUUUGCAGUUUGCAAUUAAAGCGAGAGUGAGAGCGUGAGCGGGAAGAGAAAGUGCAUGGGCAAAAAUCGAUUUGAGAAGCAUCGCCGAGAUGGAGCAGCGGGCCAACUUCCUGGCCCUGACCCUUUUGGACGCUUUGGAGGACGAGAACGAGUCGGACAUAAUGUCGAUGCUGGAGCGGAAUAGCAUAAAUGCGGGCAUCGUGCCCUGCGAUCGCGGCCUGGCGCCCCUGCACUACGUGUGCGGCAUGCGGAACGCGGAGCUGGCCCAGCGCAUCCUGGAGCGGUUCCUCGAGAGCCCCGACCUCGACGUGGACGCCCUGUGCGAUGGCCAGACCACCGCGCUGCACAUCGCCAGCAUCUACGGGCGGGCCGAGCUGGUGAGGAUGCUGCUGGAGCGCGGCGCUCGAGCGGACCUGGCCGACGAGGAGAACAAGCUGCCCGUGCACUACGCCAUCGAGGAGUGCCACUUCGAGGUGCUGCAGCUGCUCCGGGACCACAUCUUCCGCACGAGACAGCGCCAGAAGAUGCAGAUGCAGAAGCAGAAGCAGCGGGUGGACGCACUCACCCCCAAUCAGCAGAGGUACAACCACGACGUGACCUCGCCCUACUACAUCAACAUCACCCACAGGCGGCAUCGGCCGCAGCCAAAGUUCCCGGAGACUGCGGAGCCCACGGAGACCGUAGAUGAUCCACCUCCCCCCCUGCCCGAUGAGGAGUCGGUGAACCUGUUCGCCCUGACCGAGGCCCAUCUCACCCAGCUCAUCCAGAGCCAGCGCGAGCAGCAGCCGGAGGAUCCCUACCAGCCAAAGCGGCGCACUCUCAUCGAGAGCUGGCGCGAGAAGGUGGCACGCUCGCGGGCCCGCCAGUCCCUGUUCCACCAGUACGACGAGCAUGUGGAGGCCUUGGUGGACGAGGCCAUGGGGCAGGAGGACUUCCGCUACGAGCAGCACCUGCAGCAGCAGCUGCGCGGCGAGUCCGAUGCGAAGGAUCAGCAGGCGGAGGGUGCUCCCUGCUCGGGUCGCCAGGUGUUCGAGUUGCUGGUGGAGCAGGUUGCCCAGGCGGUGGUCGUGGAGCCGGAACCGGAACCGGAGCCAGAGCACAGUUUUUUCACAGCUCAGGGUGAGGAGGAGCCCUCUGCUCGCCAGGAUGAGUACUUCCUGCAGAUAAAGGAGGCCUACGUCCACACGGACGACGAGAAUGGCUUGGUUUUCUACGAGGCAAAGUUCCUGCAGAACAGCGAGGAGCGGCAGCCUGCCGAGCCAGCUCCCAGGGAGAAGAAACUCGAUCUGGACAGCACCGUGAGCACGAAUCAUACCCUGCCGCUGGACUACGAAACGGACGCCCUGCGACGGGAGCUGACCCAGUUGGGAGCCCCGGUCGGCCCCAUUACCAAGACAACAAAGCGGCUGUACAUCAAGCAGCUGAUCAAGUACAAGAGGAACACGGAGGCGCUGCUUGCCGCCCAGAAGCAUGCCCAGGAGGCGCAGAUCCGGUACUCGGUGGAGCUGCAUCGCACGCUCCGAUCGCCGGAGGACUUCGCCAGGAUCAGCGACUACCUGCCCCACGAGGCAGCCUCAGCCGCGCAUUUUGCCAAGUCCGGCGUGCCCAAGAAGAGUAUGCGCGAGGGCCACCUCAAACAGAGCUUCAUCUACAUGCUCAUCGAUCCGCGCAUCUCGCGGAAUCUGCCAGGAGAGAGCGCCUUCCUGGAGAAGUUCGGGGUGUGGCAGCGGUUCCUCGACUCCAUUUUCUACGUGGGCAAGGGCAAGUCCUCGCGGCCGUACGCCCACCUCUACGAUGCCAUGCGCCAGCACACUCGCCUCCACCAGAAGCGGGACAAGGAGAAGUCGAAGCCGAAGGCGAAGGCGGAACGCGGCGGUGGAUUUCGCGCUUUGCAGCCGGAGGUUUUCCGAUCGCCGCCACCCGGGGAUGGCAGGAUGGGGAGCCGGAAGCUCGAGCGCAUCCUGGACAUCUGGCAGCAUGGCAGUGGAGUCGUCUGCCUGCACGUCUUCCACAACAUCUUGCCCAUUGAUGCGUACACCCGCGAGGCGUCCAUCAUAGACGCGUUGGGUUUGGCGCACCUUACCAACAUGAAGCGCGGCGACUACUACGGGCCCGCCCAGUCGUGGACGAUGAAACAGAAGAAGCAGCUGGGCAUCGCGCUGCUUCUCAAGGCCAUGCACAUCUACCUGGCGGAGGGAGAGUCCCAGCUGUCGCCCAGCGACCUCCUCUGAGAAGGGAACCGAUGUAGGGUGGAGCAGGACCUGGCAAUACGCACCAAGUACAAAGUGCAGCGGCGCAAUUCGAAAAUGUUCAAAGCUUGAUCUCAAGAUUAACUAUUGUAGAAAAUGGAAAAGGGGAUAGUGGAUAAAACUAAAUGGGA